UUUAGAGAGCCAUUCACAUGAGCAGCAGAAGCCAUAAAUCAAUCAUACAAAAUCAUAAACCGCUUUUUCCUGCACGACAUCACUACUACACUUUCACUCUCUGAUUGGCUUCUAUUUUAAAGACAAUUCCAUCCAAGGACCCUAUUAACCUUGACAGUGAACCCCUGCUCUCUGGGUAAUAAAAGAGCCAAGUACUCAUAAACCAGAACAGCCAUGUCUGAGGGACCGAAAAAGACAAAGUACUCAGCGACCCGCAGGUUACUGCUGAAGCAAAAACUACUGAAGAAAGCUGGCGUCUUGCUGGUCCUGGAGCAAAGCAACAAGGUGACAGAGAGGGAGAGCACCUUGAAUGAGAGAGUACCACCGCUGAAACUCUCCGGCCUAUCUGUGCAGGAGCUUCAGGAGCUCUGUAAGGAACUGCACAGGAAAUGUGACACAGUGGAUGAGGCACGAUACGAUAUCGAAGCAAAAGUGCUCAAGAAUGAGAAAGAGCUCGCAGACCUGAAUGCAAAGAUCAACGAGCUGAAGGGGGGAAAGCGACCUAACCUCAAGAGGGUCAAGAAGUCUGCCGACGCUAUGCUGGGGGCUCUGACUGAAGCCAAACUCAGCUCCAAGGCAGACUUCAAGUCCAACCUGAAGACAGUCAAGAAGGACAAGAAGGAAGAGGAGAAAGCGGACCCGGGUGACUGGCGUAAGAAUGUGGAGUCCAUGUCUGGAAUGGAGGGAAGGAAGAAGCUUUUCAAUAGCUAAAACAGUUCAAGUACACUGGCUCUGUAGAGAUAUGUGGUUGCAUUACCUGCUUGUUUACUAAAUCAUAUAGGAUUUUCAUGAAAAUAUAUUUUUGCAGUGAGAUUGUGUGUUUUGGAGGAAAGUAUGAAGUGAUGUUUUUACACUAAAGACUGUGGGAACUAUAAAGGCUGUGGGAACUAAUCAAUAUUUUUAUUAAAACGAUUUAGUGUGGGCUACUUUAGAUAAUAAUUUUUUGAUUUCAUGUUUGAUUUAGAUUCCUAUAAAAAGAACAUAGUACAAUGUGGAACAACCUAAUAUACUCAUCGUAUUAGUUCAUUUUGUAAAUAUUCAAUUCCAGUUUGUUAUUAAAACACCAAUUAUUCUGUUUUGAAUUAACGUUUUGUGUGUCUGCCAAUAUUGCUGAUUAAAAAAAAUAUGGUGAA